UACAGCAAGUGUUUUCUCUUUGGUGAGUAGCUGUUUGUCUCACUUUAUUUACUUGGUAUUGGGUAUUUGUCAAUGUCAUUUCAUAUCUGCAGAAAAUUCAUACGUUCCAUGGAAGUAUGUAUGUGUGUGAGUGUGCUGAAGGUCACAUGACUGUUUCAUCCUAUUUGGUGGAGCAGCUUGACUUUUUUUCUCUUGCUUUUGGUGAUGGUUGUGAGUGCAGAAGUUGAUUGACAGAUGCAUGCCAGAAACCCCCAUUCUCCUUUUCAAAGACUACAUAUGAUGGAUUGCGAUCUUUCAGCUCAGCAGGACACAGGGACCAUGCAAGCUGUAAUUGGUCAGGAUCCAAUGAUAGCUGGACAAGUCAGUAAGCCCUUGCUGUCACUGCGGAGUGAAAUGAAUGCAGAGUUGAGAGGUGAGGACAAGGCAGCUACUUCAGACAACGAGCUGAAUGAGCCCUUGCUUGCGCCUGUGGAAUCAAAUGACAGCGAGGACACUCCCAGCAAGCUCUUCGAGGCCAGAGGAAACACAGUGCUGCCUGACACAAGUCCAGCAGAGCAGCACCAACCCAGCCAGUCCCAUCCUGCAUUCCCUGUUGGGCCUCAGCAGCUACUGACAGCCCAACAGCUGGCCUCAGCAGUAGCAGGGGUGAUGCCAGGAGGCACUCCAGCCCUUAAUCAGCCAAUCCUUAUUCCUUUCAACAUGGCUGGGCAGCUGGGGGGCCAACAGGGACUCGUCCUGACUCUACCUACAGCGAAUCUCACCAACAUCCAAGGACUGGUAGCAGCAGCUGCAGCAGGAGGCAUCAUGACUUUGCCAUUGCAAAAUCUACAAGCUACCUCAUCCCUGAACUCCCAGCUUCAACAGCUUCAGCAUCUUCAGCAGCUCCAGCACCAACAGCAGCAGCAGCAAAGCCAGCAGCAGCAGCAAGGUCAGCAGGCACAGACUCCACAGCCACCCCAGCAGACCCAGCAGUCACAGCCACAGCCAUCAGCACCACCGCAGCAGAACCAAACACAGUCCCAGAGCCAGAGCCAACCUCCUCCGGCCCCACAGUCCUCCAGCUCCCCUCAGAAACCCAGCCAGUCACCAGGGCAUGGCCUUCCAUCUCCUCUUACUUCACCAAAUCCACUGCAGCUGGUUAAUAAUCCACUAGCAAGUCAAGCAGCAGCCGCUGCAGCAGCAGCAGCCAUGGGCUCCAUAGCAAGCUCCCAGGCCUUUGGCAAUGCCCUCUCCAGUCUUCAGGGGGUCACAGGUCAACUCGUCACUAAUGCACAAGGACAGAUUAUUGGAACAAUCCCACUGAUGCCUAAUCCAGUCCCCUCCAGCCAGGCGGCAAGUGGAGCUCAGGGACUUCAGGUGCAGCCGAUAACUCCACAGUUACUGACCAAUGCCCAGGGUCAAAUCAUCGCUACUGUCAUCGGCAACCAGAUACUCCCAGUGAUCAAUACCCAGGGAAUAACACUAUCGCCGCUCAAACCAGGCCAGCAGCUCCAUCAGCCCUCCCAGACGCAAGUGGGACAAGCAGCCUCACAAUCCAAUCUCCUGCAUUUGGCUCACAGUCAAGCAUCUAUGUCUCAAAGCCCAGUGCGUCAGGCUUCCUCUUCUUCCUCCUCAUCCUCCUCCUCUUCAGCUUUGAGUGUUGGCCAGUUAGUCAGCAAUCCUCAAACAGCCACUGGAGAGGUCGAUGGGGUUAACCUGGAAGAAAUCCGAGAAUUUGCCAAAGCCUUUAAAAUCCGGCGCCUUUCCCUUGGCCUGACACAGACUCAAGUUGGCCAAGCCCUAAGCGCCACCGAAGGCCCAGCCUAUAGCCAGUCUGCCAUCUGCAGACACACCAUCCUGAGAAGCCACUUUUUCCUACCACAGGAAGCCCAAGAGAACACUAUAGCUAGCAGUCUGACAGCCAAACUGAACCCUGGCCUUUUGUAUCCUGCCAGGUUUGAAAAGCUGGACAUCACCCCUAAAAGUGCCCAGAAGAUCAAGCCGGUGCUUGAGCGGUGGAUGGCUGAGGCUGAGGCCCGCCAUCGAGCAGGGAUGCAGAACCUUACCGAGUUUAUCGGAAGUGAACCAUCCAAAAAGCGCAAGAGGCGCACCUCGUUCACGCCACAGGCCCUUGAAAUCUUGAAUGCUCACUUUGAGAAGAACACACAUCCCUCUGGGCAAGAAAUGACAGAGAUUGCAGAGAAACUGAACUAUGACCGGGAAGUAGUUAGAGUUUGGUUCUGCAAUAAGAGGCAAGCACUGAAGAACACAAUUAAACGUUUGAAACAACACGAGCCUGCGACAGCAGUUCCUAUGGAGCCUUUAACAGACUCUCUGGAAGAAAACUCCUAAAAAAAAAAAAAAAAAACAAAACAAAACAAAGCAAAACAAAACAAACCACACAGAAAAUAAACCCGCACCAACAGAAACGCAACCAUUUGAACUCUGUGAAAAUACCUAUUCAUCACCCUUGUAAGUAAAAGACUGAGAAAACUGCGAGAAGGACAGAACAGUUUAUAAAUGUCCAUGGGUUUUCCUAUUUAAAAAAAAAAAAAAAAUACACAACACUUAGUGUUUGUGUGUCGUAGAAUUAGUUCCCCCCAAAAAAAGAAAAAGCCAGUUUUUUUAAAUGGACUUAAAGUAAACCAAAUAACUGCUUACUUUUUUCUGUAUAUUAUGAAAAUAUGAACACAUUUUAAGGAAAAACAAAACAAACAAAAAAAAAUAAGAAAAAAACUUUUAUCUGUUUAAAAGAGAAUACAAGCCUGCCACCUGGAGGAGUGAUUGUAGCCUUUCAGGUAUCAAGUGCUGAUUCACUAUGAAAACUAUUAACCAAAGUCAGAAACACGGCAUUGCAAACUAGAUUGUUAGUCUACUCUUUUAUGAGCGUAAAAUUGUGUUAUGAAUUUUUACAUUUGUAUUUUGCAAAGAGAAAAACAACAGGAUUAGUUUUCUUUCAUUCUUGUUUGCACCCCUGCAGGUGUGUGUACAAACAGGUGUUGAAGCCAUUCCAUAGCGGUCACCUCGUUCUCUUUUAGUCCAGAGUUUUGCAAUCUCCUAGUGUUUGGGUGCCAAAAAAUAACUUCUUUUUAUUGUGACUGGUGGGGUAUGGUGUUUCUCUUCUAAGGGUGUCUGUCUUGGUUUUCAUUUUUCUAUUUUUAUUUUUUGUUUCUGAUUCUAUUUACUGCCUCCUCCCUUCCAGCUCAUUCUCCGCCCCUUCCCCAAACCCACAUAACCCAGUACUGUUUGAAGACUUUUACAAUGAUCCACUGAAAUGCAACUGAGGACCAAGAAGGAUUAGGAUUAUGUCUGAUGGACUGUCAGCCCACAGUGAACGUUGUGCUUUUUGUGGAAUGUGUGGCUUGGGAUUUCUCUGUCCUUUGGCUGGGAACCUGGAGAGGUUACCACACCUCAUUUUGUAGUAUAAAUAUAAACUGCACACUUGGUUCAGUACUGCAUCUGUAUUAUGGUUCCAUUUGAAGCAAUUUCUCUCCAAAGUCUGCUAGCCAAAGAAAUUUCUUGAGAUUCUGACGAAAACAAAUUGGCAGACCGAGAAGAGGCAAGGAGGUUUUGAUCAUUAGAUCACUAUGGACUGUUUCAAUGGUAGUGCUUUGUUCCUUUUGCCUUUUUUUGGGGGUUAUCCUGAUAUUUAUUGGUGCCUGCCCUGUUGACUUCUUCAGUAGGAUGAUGUGUUUGCUGACACCACUGGCUAGCCUAAGCAACUGGGAUGUACAGAAACCCAGUGAAUAUCCCUUGGCAAUGUAAGGUGGCUCACCUGCAAUAUGAAGGUGAACUGAUUUUCCUUUAAAGACAGUUUACCUUUGUGGCUUCCUUUCUGACUGGACAAACAUCACUAAAAUACUGUGGUCAUUGGACCUAAAAGUAUACCAAGGCUUAGGGCGAGAGAAAAGUGUUGCAGGUUCUUGAUGGGGUAUGGGCUGACCCGUGAGGGUUGUCUGCAGUUUUCAUCUUUGGUUGAGUUCUGCUCCAGCCUUUGGGGUUCAGCCCUGUUAGGGUGAAAGCUGCAUCUUGAUCAGGUCUUCCCAAAAGAAAAUAUCAGGGAUUUGGUUCAGCUCACUGUAGAAAUGGUAAAAUUCUGCUAGUAUAACUCCUGAUUGCAGUCCUUGACCUUAGGAUGGCUAUACUGGAUCCUGGUUUACCCAGGAUGCUGGUCUACUCAGGAUGUGGAAGUAAGUUCCUGAAGUGCUAGAGUCUUCAAAUAACACCUCUUUUAUUACCAGAGUUUCCCAGAACUCAAGAACUCCAAAACUUAGUGAAAGAAACAGACUUUCAUUGAUGUCAAUAGACUUUGAAUCUGGCCCUCGCUAUUUUAUUAAUGGGAUUUGCCUUGUAGAGUGUGGCAUUUGCUACAUGGCUGGGAGAGUUUUAAGGUUUCAGAGAACCAUCAUCUGGGCCAGAAACUGCUUCUAAAUGUGAGCACUCUCAAAGGUCAGGGCUGGAGAGCACUGACAAUCCAGUCCUCCAGGAUGGGCUCACAUCCAGCAAAUGCAUUUUAGGCUUUAAGCUUCGGCAGGGUGUGUUUAAGGAUAUUUCCAGUAUUGCUUUUAUGAUGAGGAGAGUGAGGAUUGUUAUUGACUCUUUUUCAGCUGUUGAUAUAUAAAUAACUGCUGGGGGAAAAAAAACACCUCAGUAACCACAGGCAAAUUGCGAGGGACAAAGAAGAUGCUUUACCCAAGCUGAGCAUGUAAAGUGAAGACAGUCUCAUGGCUACAUCUGCCCCUCUGAGUGUUGUUUUUUUUUCUGCCCUCUGUCUCCAAACAUACCUAUAUCCACAGAAAUAUCUCUGUUAUCUAUAUAAAACAGCCCUAAAUUUGUGGCCACUGGUCAAUUUACAUAACAAUCAGACUACCAACUAGAAGCCAACAGGGAAGCAGGGAGGAACGGAUCGUAUUUGGAAGCAAAUGCUCCUGAAACCCUACCCAUGUCUUCAGUACACUCCUAAUUGCCCAGUCAUUAAUGCCACAUACACGAUUACCUGUUCAGUCACCCUUAAGACCAUACCCUCCCCCGCUCCAUC